UACAUGGAUGCUGAUUGUCCUUCCUUACCCAUCCUUACUGCUCUCUGAAAUCUGCCUCUCACUUGAAGUCCCGUACCACCCCCACCCCCUUACGAAUACCCUGUAUUGUCUUUGUGUACAUUUCCUUUGCCCAGUUGUCAGGACUGAGCUGUGGUUUAGGAUUCUGGUUUGGUUUCUGUGUAAGUUUAGCAAUCAGGAUUAAAUUUCAGAAGCUUUGAGAAUGGCAACAAAUUCUUCUAAUGGAGAGCACCGACCGGAAACAACGACAACACUGAAAACAAAGCCACCUCCUUUGCCUUCUCCCUUGCGCUUUUCCAAGUUCUUUCAGCCCAACAUGAGAAUUCUGGUUACUGGAGGAGCUGGAUUCAUUGGCUCUCACUUAGUUGACAGAUUAAUGCAUAAUGAGAAAAAUGAGGUUAUUGUUGCUGACAACUUCUUCACGGGAUCCAAGGAUAACCUUAGAAAAUGGAUUGGUCAUCCUAGAUUUGAGUUGAUCCGUCAUGAUGUGACAGAGCAAUUGUUUAUUGAGGUUGACCAGAUCUACCAUCUUGCUUGUCCUGCUUCGCCAAUUUUCUACAAAUAUAAUCCCGUGAAGACUAUAAAGACAAAUGUGAUAGGAACACUGAACAUGCUUGGACUUGCAAAAAGAGUGGGAGCAAGGAUUCUGUUAACAUCUACUUCAGAGGUAUAUGGGGAUCCUCUUGUGCAUCCACAACCAGAAAGUUACUGGGGCAAUGUGAACCCUAUUGGAGUUCGGAGUUGCUAUGAUGAGGGAAAGCGUGUGGCAGAAACUUUGAUGUUCGAUUAUCAUAGGCAGCAUGGAAUAGAAAUACGCAUUGCCAGAAUUUUCAACACAUAUGGACCACGCAUGAAUAUUGAUGACGGGCGAGUUGUGAGCAACUUCAUUGCUCAAGCACUGCGUGAGGAGCCCCUGACUGUACAAGUUCCCGGAACACAAACUCGUAGCUUCUGCUACGUCUCUGAUAUGGUUGAUGGCCUUAUCCGUCUAAUGGAAGGAGAAAACACUGGUCCAAUCAACCUUGGGAAUCCAGGUGAAUUUACGAUGACUGAACUUGCUGAGACAGUGAAGGAGCUUAUUAAUCCAGGUGUGGAGAUAAAGAUGGUGGAGAACACUCCGGAUGAUCCUCGACAGAGAAAACCGGACAUAACAAAAGCAAAGGAAUUGUUAGGGUGGGAGCCAAAGGUCAAGCUGCGAGAUGGUCUUCCUUUAAUGGAAGAGGACUUCCGUCUCAGGCUUGGAGUUGCUAAAAAGAAUUAAUAAAAGUUCGUUUUGUUCCAUAUGGAUAUUGGAUAGCAAUUGGGAUAAGCCUAUUAUCAUCAGUCUUUAGGCAUUUCACAUUCUUGACUACAGUGAGCAAAUUUGCCGAGUUGCGGGUGUUCGUAUUGAAUAAAUAAACUCGGUGUAUUUCCUACCGUUUAUUCCCAUUUAAUGGCGUUCAGGUAGCGUAUGACCCAGAAGCAGGAGGACCAGGAGGGCCAAUAUGAACUUGUUCAGUUGAUAAUGUGUUUGCUUGUCUGUCCAAAUUUUUGGGAAGAAAUAUCAUUACGAAGUGAAUUUUUCUUCUGUCA